AUGGCUGUUUCCACGGUAGUGCUUUUUCUUGGCGUUCCUAUAGCGACAAUAUCAGCUAUUGCAUAUUACUUUGCAAUGAUUUUCGUAAUUGGUCUAAGUGUUAUCCUCAACACUUUCUCAUACAUGAGAAUAUUCAUUGCUGUUCGAAAACGUCUUGCUUCUGCUGGUAGAGAAAAUACUCACUCUCGAAGAACUGACACAUCAAUUAAAAGUGAAAAAAGACGUUCUAUUCAAGAGUCAAAAUUAGCAAGAUCUUGUGCGUUCGUUGUUUUUAUUUUUUACCUGUGUUAUCUUCCUGGGCUUGUGCUUAGCUUGUAUUUCAUUCAAACAGACAAACUUGUAUACAGAAUAGUCCAUUCUUGGUACUCAACAAGCAUUACUCUUAACGCAAGCUUUAAUUCAAUUAUAUUUUUUUGGAAACGACCGCUGUUAAGAAAAGAAGUAUAUCGAGUGUUAAAGAUAAAAGGCAUUUUUCAUAUGCAUAAUGUUCAACCACAUGUACAAUUUGUUGGUAGCAGUCAAUGCUGA